AUGCGGAUGAUACUUGCGCUCGCAGCAUGCGACAUGCACCGCAAUGGAUUGGUUGUACGCUCUCCCGGUCGGCCAACGGCAGAUGACCAUGGACGAUACCACUAUGGUCUGGCGGUGAAAGAAUUCAGGCAGCUUCUCGAGACACCCCGUCAGGUAUCAUUGGAUGAGAUAGAAACGGUUUUUGCGACCGUCUUUUUGAUGAUCGCUUGGGAGUGGCAGUUCGGACACUCAGUGCGCCAUCUUCAACUUCACCUUCAAGGGGUACGAUCACUCUUGGAAACACACCCACGACUCUUCCGGAUCAAGGAUGUGAACGAUAUGUUCUUGCCCCCGGCAAUCGGUACGCCAACUGAUGAAGCACCGACUGUCGCCAAAGUUUCAUUCAUUCCUGAACAGUUUCUCUUAUGGAUUCUAUAUAUAGAUGCCAGUUGCCGUCCGAUUGGACUCACAGAAUCCCUCAAUGACUAUGUUGCACAGUCUGGGAAUCCCGCACUACAGCCGGAUCAUCUCCAUCGCUGUGCUCGUCUCUGGGGCCGGUGCUUUUGGGGCGAGCAGUACCCCGACGAGGAGGUUUUAGACGACAUCGAAAACUAUAGGGCCUUGGAGUUAUUACAUGCGGGAUUUUUGUUACGCCAUAAAACUUGGAAGGUCCUCGUGGAAUCUGCGGCUGGUACCGCUAAAUCCACUGAGUCCCUCUUCCGCGAGAUUCUCGCCGUUCGAGAGAAAUUCUCCGAUCUGUUUAUCACUGCACGGUUUGCGGGAAGCGUCUCCGCUAGGCGGACACUCAACACUAUUUACAUGGCCGUUUCUACUUUUUAUGCCCAGAUUCUCCUAUACCGUCGUCUUCUAUGUGUUGAUGCUCUUCCUGCACCCAUUGACCAACAAGCUACUGCAGGGAUCAUUGACAUCGCCCAAAAGCAAUUUUUGUCUAAUCCAAUGCUUCUCACGCGACUGCACUGGCCAUUGCUGAUGGCGGUGAUCGAAACCGGGGAUGCAACUCAUCAAUCCUGGCUCCGGCAACGUUUGUGGGAACUACGUGAUUUCCACUCCGAGUUUGUCUGGGCGCAUGGGAUAGCAGAGCAGAUCCUUGCCCAGCAAGACGUGAGCCAGGGGCGAUACGUCAACUUGGCCGAGGUGUUACUGCAACGCUUUCAUUCCCAUUGA